UGUAUGUGUCUUGUUUUUGUGUUUUGUUUUUUUUUUAUUUUUGGGUAAGGGAUUGUUGUGGGGUCUCGCCGUUUGAGGGUGAAACCGGUUUGAGGGAGCUAUGAAUUUUGAAUUCGAGAGGGAGAUCGGUUUUAUAAACAGCCAGCCAUCCCUAGCAGAGUGCCUGACGUCCUUCCCCGCCGCCCUGGAGUCAUUUCAAACUUCAUCAAUCAAGGAGUCGACAGUAAUUCCGCCUCCCUUCGAGCACACCAUCCCCAGCCUCAGCCCCUGCACAGCCAGCCAGCCGAGACCGGCAGCGAGGAGCCAGCAGAACCGGAGAAGCUCCGCUACUAAUGGCCUCCAGACGCACCACCGAGGUGCCCAGCAGCCCGGACCGCUGGGGCAGGCCCCUGCCCCGGUCACGGCGACCCCGGCCGGUCCGAUGGCGCACGAGUUCCCCUGGAUGAAGGAGAAGAAAUCCUCCAAGAAGUGUCCCAAGCCUGGAGGCAGUUCCAGCAGUGGUGGAUCCAUCAUCCCGCCCGCCUCGUCUUCCCCUUCCCCGACUGCCUCCGGGUACGCUUCGGCGGGCAUCGAGUCACCCACAGACCCGAGUCAGGCGGCUCUGGAUGCUGGAGGAGCCGGGUCCCGCCGCCUGCGCACCGCGUACACGAACACGCAGCUGUUGGAGCUGGAGAAAGAGUUCCACUUCAACAAGUAUCUCUGUCGGCCCAGGAGAGUGGAGAUUGCUGCGCUUUUGGAUCUGACCGAGCGUCAGGUCAAGGUCUGGUUCCAGAACCGGCGGAUGAAACACAAGCGCCAGACGCACCACAAAGACGGCGGUGGAGGUGGAAGUGGAGGAGGCCACGAAUCCAGCGACCCGGGCGGAUUUGAGCCGCUCGAAGGCGCCGAUGCCUCGUCUCCAUAUUCGAGCCAGCCACUGGAGGCAUCUGGAACCGGGGAGGCAACACUGGAGGGGGAGAGGGUCAGCGGUGAUCCAUCUUCGGCCGCCGCCUACGCCAGUGACAGCGGGGACAAUGCGCAGCCCACGCCGGAGGAGGGAGGCCGACUGAGCCGCCCUGAACUCCCACAGCUGCCCGCGGAAUCCGGCACAUCUGACGUCGCUGCAUCCCCGCAUUCGUUCCCCAACACGAACUCCGCCGACAACCCGGGCCUAGUGGAGGCUGGGCCCGCAGCAGCAACAGCGGUAGCGGACUCUUCAUUCUCGGAGCAGCGGGACAUCUCCAUCACCUCCAGCGCCUCCUCUGCUGCUGCUCCUGCUGCUCCUGCCGCCGCCUCAUCGUCGUCAUCCUCCUCCUCCGCGCUCCCCGACCUCACCUUCUUCGCCGGGGACGCGUGUUUGUCUCCCAGCCUGCAGAGCUCACUGGACAGCCCGGUGGAUUUCUCCGAGGAGGACUUCGACCUGUUCACAAGCACACUGUGCACCAUAGACCUGCAGCACCUCAACUUCUGAGGGCAAACGUGACAAAUAGAACUGAAAUAUUACAAAUUCAAACUUAAAAAUAAAAACAAAAAAAGGAGAGUGUGGACGGUCCGGCCUGUGUGGAUGAACAAUCGGGCGGCGGCGGAGACGAGGACUCUUGUUUUAUAAAUUAAAAAAGCUUCUCGGCAACAUUCCUGACACAAUUCUGAAUGACAAUUAUGUGCGUUUUGAAUUAUACUUUCUGCGGAUAUGAUGUAGAUUUAAAGAUGCAUUAUUAUUUUCCUUUUCGUUUAAAAUAUAAACAUCGAAGGAGUUU